UUCGUGCUGCUUCCGGCCGCCAGAGCGCGCUGCGCGUUCCGCUGUCAGAUACGCACAUCAGCUUCCGGGUCACGGCCAUCGCGGUCAGUGUGGCUCAAAGUACUUUUUUGUAUUCUACAGUGUUUGGUGUCGCUCAGCAUCAAAACUGCGGUGUUUUUAACGGAGUCCACGGCGUCCCGAGCGGCUGGUGGUCUACAGUGGAUGUACGUGAGGCGCGAUGAGCAGCAGCCAGCCCCUGCGCCGGAGCUCCGUGUCGGAGGUCGAUCAUGUGCAGCUGCUGGCGGAGCAGCUCGGCUCGCUGCUGGCGGGACUGCAGUGCAGUGACGUCACCUUCCUGGUGGAGAACAAGCGCUUUCCCGCGCACCGUGUCAUUCUGGCGGCAAGAUGCCACUAUUUCAGGGCUCUUCUGUACGGAGGAAUGAAGGAGUCUCAGCCGCAGGUCGAGGUGCGUCUGGAGGACACCCGCGCUGAAGCCUUUGGGAUGCUGCUGCAGUAUCUGUACACGGGCCGGGUCAGUCUCAGUGCCGCACGAGAGGAGGUUCUGCUGGACUUCCUGGGCCUGGCCAACCGCUACGGCCUGCAGCUGCUGGAGGACUCCACGUCUGAGUUCCUGCGCACCGUGCUGAGCUCACAGAACGUGUGUGUGGUGAUGAACGUGGCCAGCCUGUACUCGCUGAGCGCCCUCGCCGCCGCCUGCUGCUGCUUCAUGGACCGGCACGCGCCGGACGUCCUGCUGUCAGACGGCUUCACCACGCUGUCGAAGGAGGCUCUGCUGACCGUCGUCCGGCGGGACUCUUUUGCGGCCAGCGAGCGGGAGAUCUUCCAGGCUUUGGCACGCUGGUGUCAGCACAACGGUGAUGGGACGGCCACACAGGAAGUGAUGUCAGCGGUGCGUCUGCCGCUCAUGACGCUGACCGAGAUGCUGAACGUGGUGCGUCCGUCUGGUCUGGUCAGUCCUGAUGAUCUUCUGGACGCCAUCAAGACGCGCUCGGAAAAACGAGACAUGGACCUGAACUACCGGGGCAUGCUGGUUCCUGAGGAGAAUGUCGCUACGAUGGAGCACGGUGCUCAGGUGGUCAAAGGCGAGCUGAAGUCGGCGUUACUGGACGGAGACACGCAGAACUAUGAUCUGGACCAUGGCUUCUCCAGACACCCCAUAGAGGAGGACGGCUGCUCCGGGAUCCAGGUCAAACUGGGCCAGGCCUUCAUCAUCAACCACAUCCGCAUCCUGCUGUGGGACCGGGACAGCCGCUCGUACUCGUACUACAUCGAGGUGUCUGUGGAUGAGCUGGACUGGGUUCGGGUGGUGGAUCACUCCAGGUUCCUGUGCCGCUCCUGGCAGAAGCUCUUCUUCUCUCCUCGGGUCUGCAGGUACGUGAGGAUUGUAGGAACACACAACACUGUCAAUAAAGUCUUCCAUCUGGUGGCUUUCGAGUGCAUGUUCACCAGCCGUCCUUUCACUCUGGAGAAGGGGCUUGUGGUGCCCAGUGAAAACGUGGCCACGGUUUCGGCGUGUGCGAGUGUGAUCGAGGGAGUGAGCCGCAGCAGAAACGCUCUGCUGAACGGAGACACACACAACUACGACUGGGACUCGGGCUACACCUGUCAUCAGCUGGGCUCCGGAGCCAUCGUCAUCCAGCUGGCACAGCCCUACAUCAUCAGCUCCCUCAGGCUGUUGCUGUGGGACUGUGAUGAACGCUCGUACAGUUACUACAUCGAGGUGUCCACCAACCAGCAGCAGUGGACCAGAGUGCUGGACCGGACCAAAGUGUCCUGCCGAUCCUGGCAGGUGCUGAGCUUUAACAAGCAUGCGGCGGCGUUCGUGCGGAUCGUGGGGACUCACAACACUGCCAAUGAGGUCUUUCACUGUGUGCACUUUGAGUGUCCCGCGCAGCUGGAGCCAGGAGCCGCCCCGUCCCGCACACAGCCCUCGUGAUGCUCCUCACUCUUCAUCAUCAUCAUCAUCAUCACACCUGCACUUCCUGAAGACUUCCAUUCACUUCAUCUGCACUGACCAGGACUUAUUACUUGAUUGUUGGUUUAUGUGUUAUUUAUUAGAUUGUUUGCUUAUUAUUGUAAAUGUCAGUUGAUCUGAAGCAUAUUUAUUCAAAUAAGAACUUGUUUUCUCUUCUAAUAUAUUCAGUUUUGGAGAUGGCAUUGCACUAUAACAUUGGUAAUGGACUCAAACACUUAUUUUUAAUGAGUUUUAAAUUAGAUCCAUCCAAGCUAUUAUUAAACAUAGCAUCUGAUCCCAACUGAAUCGAAGAACACGUGAUAUGUCAUUCUGCUCAGUGUUGUACUUCUAGACUUUAUUAAUGUAUGGUGGCUAACACACUGUAAAUAAUUGUUUGAUACUGACCUCUCUGAACAUCACUGUCUUCCAGAGUCUGUGUGUUUGUUCUGGGCUCUGAUGCUGCUCACACACACACACACACACACACACACACACACACACACGGUUUGUGAGGCUGUUAAUAGCCUCGGGUCAUUUUGAAGCUGUGUGUGUUUCUCUGGGUUUGUAUAUGCUGAACUCAAUAAAGUGUUGGUUUUCUAAAA